CAAACCCCUCUCUGUCUCUCUCCCUCUCCCUAAAAUACGGUUGUCUUCGUUCUCCGACCAAGACAACGCUAAUGAUCCAGUCUCACCUCUUAAACAUCCAGAUUCAGAGCCAAUGGAUUAUAAACUUAUCAGAGAAAGCGCACUGACCUUCUUCUUCAUUUUUCUUCUCUCUGCAGCUGGUAAUGAAGCAGAACAAUCCGAUAUGGAGAUCGGAGAGAAUAAAAGGUCUGCAUUUGAGACGGUUAGAAGUAUGUUCUCCCUCCCUUCGGUAAGCACAAGCAGCUAUUGGAUGAAGGUGAAAACAAUGAUGAAUCAAGCACAGACCUAUUUCUUUCCUCCAAAUUUAGAUUUUAGGAGCAGUGAUGAAGCAGAAGCCAUUGAAGGAGGUGGAGCAGGAGAGAAGGUGAAAGUGGCUGCUGUGAAGACAUGGGGUAAAAGCAAAUCGACGGUGGAAGAUUCUGCAAAAUUAGCAGGGGAAACUUUGCAGAAAACGGCACAUAAAGUGAAGGAAAGCUUAUCCUCUGAAUUUGGUGGAGAAGAAGAAGCAGACCCUCGAACAGAGCUUUGAUUCAAAUCUUGGCUCACCUUGUACCCAGAGAUUUCUUUAUACAUGCUUACAUGUGUGUGUCUGUGCAUACUUCGUUUUUCAUGUAAAUAGAAAAUAAACUUAUGGCCUUGGAAUUUAGGCUUGAGCUUUAGG